AUGACCGAGAUUUUCGGCGCGGUUUCUGGCGCCAUCAGUAUCGCUGCUCUCUUCAACGAUUGCGUCGACUGUUUUGAGUACAUCCAACUCGCCCGACACUUUGGCAAAGACUACAGCAGAUGUCAACUGAGACUUGAUGUGGCCAAGUGGCGCCUGGAUCGAUGGGGCGCCGCAAUCGAUAUCAAUAACGACCCUCGAUUCAGGUCCGGUGCACCUGCAAAUGAAUCGGUGAGACACGCUCAAGAUAUCUUGCGAGAGAUAGUCGGGAGCAUUGAAGGGGCUUACAAAGUCUCACGCCGCUACGAACAAUCGACGCCAGACCAGAACCGGGUUACCUUGACACAUGCGGAUUUGGAUCCAGCCUCACAACAGCUUCGAAAUGAGUUUCAAACAAUUACCAAGAAACGACAGGAUCGAACAAGCUUGAUCAGGAAGACUGGUUGGGCACUCUACGACAAGAAGCGACUGGGGAAUCUGAUUGACAAUAUCGUCACGUCCAUAGACGAACUGGAACUGGUUUUCCCCUCCGUCGCCCAAGCUUCGGUGGAUUUGGCGAGAGCGGAAAUCCAGAAAGUGGACGAUCAACAGAGCUUGCAUUUGAUCCGCGAUGCUGCAGACGGGCUUGACCCCGUCCUGAAUGACUUGGCGAAACAAAAGCUCGCAGGAGUCGAAGUCCAGAACUUUGCAGCACGCGUCAAGACAUCCGAGUCUGGAAAAUUUGAAAUCGGCAACAUCUUCACCAAGGAGGCAUCCGGUCAAUCAGUGGGCUUCCCUUAUCGCAACACCAACCGCGUCGAGGAUAUAGAGGUCAAGGGUGAUUCAGGAGUUCAUGUUGGCGACACUUACGGGGGAAAGGGCUUUUGGGGCUAA